AUGGAGGCAGACAUGGACGCGUCUGUAAUGAUCGACGUCUCAAUGGGGGACGAGGACGGCUUCGACCCUGCUACGCUGGCCAACCUCGCUGCUCUUUCAAGUAUCAUCAACGAUGAUGACGAGCCCCUGUCAGGAGAGCAGACACAGGAAGAAGCGAGGGGGGAAACGGAGGAACCCCUGGAUACGGGAGGGUCGAGGGAGCCGUUGACGCGAGAGCAGGUGCAGGACCUCAUGAACCAGCUCGCCCAGCGAGACAAGGGCAAAGACAAAGAAGAUGAUGCUCGACGGAGAGGCGCAGAGAGCCAAGCGACAAGUGAACGAGGUCAAAGCAGAGCAGAUGACGGAGAUGAAGGGGAAGAGGGGCCGGAUACGAUGGAUGACGAGGAGUAUGGAGAGUAUGGUGAAGAAGAUAGGAAUGAGAAGGGGAAGAGAAAGAGGAAUAGAACAGUGCUGAGCUGCACAGAGUGUCAUCGGAGAAAGCAGCACUGUGAUAGAAAUAUCCCUUGCAGCCGGUGUGUCAAGAGGGGCAUCCCUUCCAUGUGCCAGAUGGAACAUCCUGUUUUGCCUCAACGCAAGCGCAAGAGACCAGCAGCCGAAGAUGAAGCCCUCUCCCACGAACUCGUCAUCUGCGCCCAAUCCCUGGAAACUCUUCUUCGCGGCACCGACUCUUACCUUGACACCAACUCUACCCAUGCUGCCGUUGAAGUCACCAUUCGUGAUGCCUCCAGGGCUGCCAAAGCCGGGUCGACUGAAGCUACCAAUGCUCUGCAGCAAUUGGCACAGCCGCUGGAAGGUAUGAACAAGGAGGAGCAGUCAAAGAUGUUGUUUGAGGUCCUCCAGUUGCUGGCGGCAGCCAGUACAGGAAAGGCGUUGAAUGCGGGUGUGAUGGGAGGGGACCAGAGGGGCUUGGAGCUGUGGGCCUCGGUGCCAUCAGCAGCGCCAGAAACGACGGUGGCGGUGGCGUCAGCUUUCGCAGCCAAUGAAGCUCCUACAAAGGUCAACAUAUCUCUCUUUGGCUACCGCGAUGUCGGUGGCAAACUGUUUAUACCUCCCACGGUUCGGUAUGCCGCCAAGCAAAUCCAGAACGAACAGUUGCUGUUGGUCGAACCGCUAUCUAUUGACGGAUAUGCGCCUUUCCUGGAUGCUGGUGUCAAAUUUGCCUACGGCGCUGAUAGUUAUCCCUAUCGUCACAAGCGGAUUGCUGCGGUCCAAGCGGUAUCCUUGACAGGCGCCCUUCGCCUGGCCGCUUCAUUUAUUGCUUCUCUCCCCAACCCUACCCCCGCUUCCUCGCCCCGUCCCAUUUUCAUUCCCACCCCGACCUCGCACGAAGACUAUAAUACUCUCAAAUCAUCCGGACUCGAUAUACGGAGUUUCAGAUUCUUAGAUCCAAGGACUGGAGGUGUGGAUUGGGAAUCGUUGAGAGAAGAUUUAUCGGCGGCGCCGGUCAGGAGCGCAGUCUUGCUAUAUGUGUCGGGGAGCAUGCCGAGUGGAGCAGAGCUGAGUACGACUCAAUGGAGACUGAUUGCGUCUAUCCUUGCUGCAAUCAUGGCCUUCCAGGGUUUGUCCUCUGGCGACACCACGCGCGAUGCCCAGGCCCUCCGAUUUAUGGUUCACGAAGGUCUUCCCGUCGUCCUACUCCAAAAUUUCGACACCACCAUGGGUCUCUAUGCCGACUCUCCCUCCAUCGUCUCGAUCGUCGUCCGGUCACCACAAGACAAGGCGAAGGUCGAGGGGCAAUUGAGGAGUGUGGCCAGGGGCAUGUGGGCACACGUGAGCCCGUGGGGGGCGAGGAUUGCGGAACAAAUCCUGACAGAUGCGAAACUACACCCUGCUUGGUUGAAUGAGAUUGGAAAGAUGAACAAGAGGCUGAUCAGUGCGAGGGGCAAGAUCUUUCAGAUCUUGACAGACAAGCUCAAGACGCCGGGCGAUUGGGAGCAUAUCAAGAAGGGCACUGGAAUGUACUGCACGGCACUGCUACCGCCAAAGCAAGCCCAUGCCUUGACGGCGAAACACAACAUCCAUCUCCUCCCGAGGGCGUGCUUCAACCUCGCUUGUCUCGACAUGCCUUCCAUCGACCUCCUCACCCGCUCUAUCGACUCGGUCGUCCGGGCAGGUAUACGCGAAGCCGAAGAAGCCCACGCACAGAGGCUGGCCGCCGAGCUCGCUGCCCAAGCCGCGAAAGAGCAGGCUGCGAGGGAAGAAGCGGAGCGGGAGCAGCAGAGGGAAGAGGCGGAGAGGGAGAAGGCGAGACAGGAGGACACAUUGUUGAUGGAGAGGAGUAUUGUGCAGGCCAUGGAGAGGCAGAAACAGGAAGAAGAGGAAGAGAAGAGGAAGGAGGUGCAGAGGAGGAGGGACGAAGAGAUGGCGAGGCAGAGGAGGGAGAGGGAAGAGAUUGCGAGACAGGCCGAAGCGAUUCUGGCGACGAUCCAGCGGUAG